AUGUUAUUUUGGUUUACAUUUAUGUUGUCAAUAGUGGUAAAAAGUGUUAGUGGAAUGAGCGAACGGAAAAUAAAUGAUUUAAAAUUACAGGCAAAGGAUAUGUUUUAUCAUGCGUUUGAUAAUUAUAUGAACCAUGCGUUCCCCGAUGACGAGCUAAAUCCUUUACGUUGUAUUGGUUUAGGAAGUGAUAAGAAUGAUCCGCAAGUAUUCAAUGAUAAGGAAGGAUUCGAAAAGGCAGUUCGUGACGUAAUAAAAUAUGUAUCAUUUGAUGUAAAUAGUAAAGUACAAGUAUUUGAAGUAAAUAUUCGCGCAUUAGGAGCAUUGUUGUCAGCGCAUUUAUUCGCUACAGAUCCAAGAUUUGGUUUUAUCAUAGAGGGAUACGCUAAUGAGUUAUUGAAACUGGCUCAUGAUUUAGGUAAACGAUUAUUACCUGCUUUCCAUAAUUCGAAGACAGGAAUUCCUUAUGCUAGGGUUAAUUUAAAAUAUGGGGUAUCUAAAUAUGAAACACAUGAAACUUGUACCGCUGCAGCUGGAACACUAAUAAUUGAAUUUGGUGUACUAAGUAGAUUAACGAACGAUACUCGAUUUGAGGACGUAGCAAAGCAAGCACUUUUUGGUCUAUGGAAUCGACGAACAGAUUUAAACCUUCUUGGGAAUGUAAUAAAUUUGCAAACAGGACAAUGGAUAUAUAAAGCGGCUAGCACAGGAUCAGGAAUAGAUUCAUUUUAUGAAUACUUGUUGAAAGCUUACGUGUUAUUUGGGGAAACGGAAUAUUUGGACAUGUUUAACGAGGCUUAUCAUGCUGUUCUCCGAUAUAUUAGAGAUGAAACUGGAUAUUUUUAUAGAAAUGUUAAUAUGAUGAAUGGAGGAUUAGUUUCAAGCUGGAUUGAUAGUUUAUCGGCCUAUUUUCCAGGUUUGCAGGUUCUGGCUGGUGAUCUUGAUAAUGCUAUAAAGUCCCAUUUAUUAUAUUAUAAUAUUUGGAGAAAAUAUCAAGCUAUGCCAGAAAGAUUUGAUUUUCAUUUGAGAAAUGUGGAGUUGGGAACUUAUCCGUUACGUCCCGAGUUCAUCGAAUCUACUUAUUUUCUUUAUCGGGCAACGAAAGAUCCAUUUUAUUUACAAGUUGGAGAAAUGAUAAUUAAAGAUCUAGAAUCUUAUGCACGUGUUGGUUGCGGAUAUGCAAGCGUUAAAGAUGUGUUAACAAAGGAACUUGAAGGGCGUAUGGAGAGUUUUGCUUUAAGUGAAACUUUUAAGUAUUUAUAUCUGUUGUUUGAUACUGAGGCACAUAUUAUACCAUUACCACAACAAUAUCUUAAAAAUCAUGCUGACAUACUACCUAGUAAAGGUAGUAUCGAGUAUUCAAUUUGUCCCGCAUAUGAAAAACCUUCUCCAUCAAAACAUUUAUUUGCAAACUCGAUAAUAGCAUCAAGACCGGAUACAGAUUUUAUAAGAGAGUUGGUUGGAUUUGAGGAACUUAUUUUACCACCUUUGGAUCCUAAGGGUAUAUGUGAAGUACCAAAAUUAGAUCUACAAGUUAUGGAAGUUCAGUUUGGGGGUUCACAAGAAUCAUCUGAAGAUGAUUUGAACGAUCAGGGACAAGAACAGAAGAUUGAAAAGUACGUUAAUGGGUUAAUUGCAAAUCGGUUAAAAGGAUUGAAAUUGGAGUUGACAAAACGCGUUGAUAGGAAGGGUUAUGAUGUUACAAAAGUGGAUAAUUACAGAAUCUACCCCGGACAAAUUUUUGAGAUAAGAGAUCCGGCAGUAAAAAAAUUCUGGAUAAAACAACAAACAUAUAGUACAUCAACUCUUCGAGUUUACAUUUCAACUUUAAGUAAUGAGGUUUCUAGUUUUGAUUAUCUUACAGCUGUAGCAUCAUUUGGUCCUAAAAUAACUAGUGAACUUCCCGUAAGAACGCUUGUACAAAUAACGUCACCUUAUGGAUGUGAAGAUUAUAAUACUGAAGAAACAACCCUUAUUGAUGGUAAUAUAGUAUUUGUAAAAAGAGGAGUUUGUACGUUCGUAGAAAAAGUGUUAAGAGCUCAAGAAGCUGGAGCUAAAGGUAUUGUCAUAUGGAGUGACGAUAAUUAUUUAUUUCAACCUGUUAGUCCAGAAGAACAUAAAGAUAUUUGGAUAUUUGAAAUACCUUGUGUACUAAUCACUUAUGAAAAUGGUGUUAAAUUAGAAAAAUUAUUGAAAGAAGCAGAAGAACUGUUACAAUACAUGGAAGAAAAUGAUAAAAAUACGCAACAAAAGAAGUUCGGAAGUAAUAUUAAAGUUAAAUUCUUGCCUCAUGAACAAGAACCUGCUACAAACAUUAAAACUAAUGAAAAUAAUGAAUCACUAUUAACUAUUCAUGGACAUACUAUACGCAACAUUAGAUUAAAUCUUAAUAGACAAUAA